CGGUAGUAGUACGUGUAGGCACUACGUAAUGUAUGCAUGUGUGUUUAUUGUGUACGUAUGUAGACAAAUCCUCUAAACGUACAUCGGGCCGGUAUGGUAGCUUUUACAAGAGAUUUAUUAAAACUGGAGAAAUUCCAUCAGGAUCAUUUUUGAAAAGCACUACACCUUUGCCGCUUACAAUCAGAAGGGUCAGGCAGCAUCUGCAGUAGCGAUAGCGCAGUAGACCAGCUACAUAGAGAUGGCUUCCUCAUCUAGCAACCCCUUCGCUCUCCUGGUAUCAACAAGCCAAGAAGAACAAGGCUCAGAUGUAGUUCAGGACAUAAGUCACCCAGAUAAAGCAGGAGUAAUGGAGGUGGAUGUGACAGCCAGGGAGAUCAGUUUAGUAGAUGCAGUCAUUCAAAAAGUCUUUCUUAUAACAGUAGAUCAAGAGGGAACGACCUUAGAUGAAGACAUGCCUCCUAAGUGUGUGUUCCUGGUCGACAUGGCUGAUCAACUAGAGAAGGAGCGCUGUGAACCAUGGUCAUGGCUAUCCUGGGAGAACAUUGAUAUGGCCCUCUUUGAGAGGUUACUCCUUCCGGAUCCGUCAUUCCACGUUCUUCACAUGACAUCAUCCAUCGCAAACUUUGAUGAAGAAGAGAAGAAAGCAAGAGAGAAGGACAUUCUACGCUACCUCCUAGCUUCAUACACCAGAGCUGCUGCCCUUAUCAAAAACAUUCAGAAUGAAACGGCAGAAUAUGCAGAGAAAUGCCAGAGAAUCACUGUAUCCAACGCAGCUACGUGUCUCCUCACCCCAGAAGUAUACAACAAUCAGAACACAAGGCAGCAACUCUUUGAUAUUCUUCUACAGUCAUACACAAAAGAAGAAGGUUGGGAUAUAGCAGUCAAGUUUUUCCAUGAGGUAGCAGAGGCUAUCCAUCUAGAUGACUCUCUACCAAUCACAGAGGCCUUUACUCCAGUGCUAGACCUCCUCUACAAGCAGAUGAGCCAAAGCCCCUCAUUGGUUGAACCUCAGAACUAUGUUUGGUGUGAGAUCAUGGGAUUCUUUGCUAGACAACCUCAACUUGCCGAAGUCCUUAUGGAUUUCAUAUCACCUACAGACCCUAUGAAUGCCAAGAGCUAUGAGAAGACUCCGGUUGGUCUCAUCCUCUCGCUAUCCUGCCUGCCAAGGAACAAUGAAGAGCCACAGUUCUUUGAGAAACCAUCCAGGACAUCUGGGAGAGACCAUCAAGCUACACAGGAAUACAUAUGGCAGCCUGUUGGUAAACUUACAGAACAUAUUUACAGGAUCUUCAGAUCUCUCUUCAAGUCAUCGCUGGAAAUCAGGAAUAGAUUGCUGGCUUGGAUAGGAAGGUGUAUACAUGCUAAUGCAGGGCGCACCAAGAUGUGGUCAAGGCGGCUUCCAACCUUUGCCCUGACGUAUGCCAGUGAUUCCUUCUUUCUGAACCUCUCCUCUGUCUUGUUGAGAUUCUGUGGUCCCUUUACCAAGCCAGACACGACCAACAUCAUGACUGUGGAUAUGAGCUAUGGCAGUGUGGACCUGCCCGUAGGGGCGACAGAUGCUCAAAUGAGUGAGCUUGGUGUUCAUCUUGUAGGCCUUCCUAAAGAGACAAGGAUGCUCCACCGGGAAGGGGAGGAGAACACCAGUCUACCCACCCAUCCCCCUUACAACUUUGUCUCCGGCAUCUUCUUCCUGACCCAUCGGUGUCUGCAGCUAGGCUUCCAGACCUUGGUGGAACGGUUCUACACAAUCAACCGUGAGCUUCACCACGUACAGCAAGCCUUCCAGGAGAUGGUCCAACAGAUGGGAGGACCUAGAGCGGGUCCCGUCAUGUCACAGCUCCAUGAAAGGAUGGAUAAAGCCAUGACAUUAUUCCUCAGCAUCAAGACAUCACUCCUUGAGCCUCAGUUCCUGGAGAUGGCCUUCAACCUCCACAUAGCAACGGCUCGCAUUGUCACCCAGUAUGCUACAUCAGAAGAUGUGACCUUACUGACCACACCCAGUCUGCCACUCCAGGGGGAACCCCCAUCACAGCUUGUCACCAUCCCGGAGUGCCUGGCAGAAAACCUUGUCACCUACCUUCAGUUCCUCCGGAGGUUUGCUGAGGCCAAGUUUGAAGACGGAGGUGAAUCAUUGAAGCAUGUCAUGACCUUUGUGACGGUGUUCAUGGGUAAUAAGAGUCACAUGUCCAACCCUCAUCUCCGAGCUAAGCUGGCUGAGAUCUUAGAAGGUCUGAUGCCAGAGGAGAAUACUGGAAGCAGAAGCACCGUAGUCCCAAUCUUCCACCGGCAGAAAGCAUUCAACGAGCACCCCCUCGGAGAGCACAUCUCCCGCUCCCUCAUCAGCAUCUUUGUAGAUAUUGAGUUCACCGGAGAUCCUCAUCAGUUUGAGCAGAAGUUUAACUACCGUCGGCCCAUGUACAAGGUGCUCAAGUAUCUUUGGAGCAUGCUUCAACACAGGACUCAGAUCAAGUUGGUUGCGGAGGAGGCAAUGUCACACAUGGAGGAUGCUAAUGCUCCUCUCUUCUUGAAGUUCAUCAACCAUCUCAUCAACGAUUCCAUCUUCCUCCUAGAUGAAGCUUUAGAUUAUGUGAAGAAAAUCAAGGUACUUCAAGAGCAGAGGGAAGGGGGCGAGUGGCUGCGGCUACAACCAACAGAAAGGAGACAGCAGGAAGAUUCCCUAAGACAAACUUGUGCCAUCGCUAGGUUCUAUAACAUCAUGUCCAAUGAGACGAUGAGUACUCUUGUCUACAUCUCAAAUGAGAUCACAGAUAUCUUCAUACAUCCAGUGAUGGUCAAUAGAGUGGCAAUGAUGUUCAACAACUUUCUACACAAACUGGUCGGUCCAAACAAGAUAGCGCUCAAGGUGAAUGACUUUGAGGAGAUUGAGUUCAACCCCAAGCAGCUGGUUAGGGAUAUCUGUCGGCUCUACAUCAAUCUGGGCCACGAGCAGCGGUUCUGCAGGGCGACCGCCGAGGAUGAGGUUAAUUACUCAGCCAUGCUUUUCAUCAGAGCAGAGAAGGUGCUUGAUAAGAUCAGUGUGUCUAGGGAUAUGAUUGAGAAGAUGAGGGAGUUUGCUGACAAGGUCAAGGCUCUGAGUGAGACAAAUGAGAUGGAACAAGAGAUGUUUGCAGAUGCUCCUGAUGAGUUCAUUGACCCCUUGACCUUCAACAUUAUGGAAGACCCUGUGUCGCUUCCCACUUCAGACAUGAACAUCGAUAGGUCAACGAUAGCAAGGCAUUUAUUGAGUGAUCAAAUCGACCCAUUCAACAGGAAACCGCUGACCAUGGAAGAAGUACGAUCAAAUCCAGAUCUCAAACUUCAGAUUGAAACAUGGAAACAGGAACAGAAGAACAAGAGAAAAUAACAUCAGCAAACUCAUCAACUUCAUACAUGUACUCUCUUUCUUUCUAAUGGUUUAAUAAUUUGUUUAAAUGGUAAACAUCACUGACUUCUUUUUGUUUGAAAUGUUUCUUUUAUACCAACAACAUUUCUUAUCAAAGCUUGUCAAAAUGAACUAUUUGUUAAAUGAUGUCGAUGCACAAACUAGUAUUUAAAGGUGGGGUGAAAUCCAAAUAUUAGUUGAUUCCUGUUGAUGUGCAGGGCUGCCUACAACUCAUAAUUUGUUAUUCAAUCAAACAUCUAAAUAUUUUUCAUAGAUUUUUGACUGAGCUGGAGGAAGUUGCAUACCACUGUCUGUUGUUAGCUCAUUAAUGACUGACAGUUGAUGUCAAAAGAUGAAUGAGAUCUGGAACAUUUGUUUAGGGUGGAGCUAAUAGCAGGUCUCAGAAAAUUAUUU